AUGACAGCUAAUGAAACCGGUCAACUACCAACACAGGAUGCAGCCCUCAUCCCACCUCUACUGUUCUUCGCCAUCCCUGUGUUCAUGAUCUCGAUCCGAGUCAGGAAUUACCUCAAGGGAUCGUCCGGCGCCAACACGUACGACCCCAAGACCGGAUUGGGUAAAGGCGCCCCUGGAUUCACUACAGCUGGGACAAGAAAGGUCGGUUCACAUCAAUGCACUGGAGUUUCACCAUCUUGUCUUACUGACCCAAGUCUGACACUCCCCAACUCGUUGUGGGCACCGGCCCUCUCCUCGUCGUCAUCACUGCGACCGCUUCGAUCCUUGCCGCCUCCGCACCAUGGUGAACCUACUACGCGAUCCACCGCCACGUUCAAUAUACCAGGUCGCCCUUCCCGCCCAUCUCGUAGCCCGCAUCAAAUCAGGCGAAGACGUCUCGGCCGAAGAGGUGACCGAAGCCCUCGAACUCGAAGAAGAGCGUCUCCGUCGGGAGGCGCAGGACGCGCUCGAGGCUGAGCAGAGGGCCAAGAAGGGGAUCAAGACGAUGAAGGUGCCUGAGAAUGUUGAUUCGAGUUGGUUGCCCGCGGGAUCAACGAUUGUGGGGGGGUCCGGGGGUGCGAGGAGGAGGAAGAAGUAG